GAAGUCACCAUCCUCAGUGGACUCAAUGAAUUUGUAGUGAAGUUUUUCGGCCCACAAGGAAUUAAAGUAACCAGAGCGUGAAAGGACAAUGAAUUCACAGGAAUCGGUCGUCGCAGCAUAAAGAGGUUCGUCACAGCAGGCCUGGAACGUGAAACGGAUUGAAACCAGGCAACUGAGGCGACGACGUGUAAAACAGAAGAGCUGGGCUCGAGGGGAAUUUGGAUGAGCAGAGUGGCCUCAUCGGCAGGAAAUACUUCUUUGGUGUGCUGUUCACAACAUCUGUCGCACUGAAACCACCGCCACUUACACAUCGGUAAAGAGGGGAAGUUGCCGUUUGACCCCGUUUAUGACGCCUCGUAACUACGCCGAAAUAAAAUGGCCCUGCACUCUGUCCACACGUGUGUGUGUGUGUGUGUGUAGCAUGCACAUGCUCAUCAGUCAUCUUCAACAAGUGUGUUUUCGUCUGUGUGCUCCUCAGUGUCAGUACUGCACCGCACACUCAAACAAUCUCACUCUCUUCCUCUUUGAUGUCGGUGUAUUAUGUGAAGGGAACUGGGCUGAAAUACAUUACUGCGUAAGAUAAAAGAAAACAGCAGAGGGAGGUGGUGUGUGUGUAGCUCAUUUCUCAAGUGUUCCUCUCUCUGUUGUUUGUGUGAGUGGAGAAAGGAGUGCAGAAAAUUGAUACAACCCUACAGUGUCUAAACCCAUUAGAGUGCAUAAAGGAUGAAAUAUGACGUUCAAUGGAAUGAAAGUCUCUCCUCUGCAUUCCUCAUGUGCAGCACCGUACGAAGGAGGCGUGUGGAAGGUGCGAGUAGAUCUUCCUGACAAAUACCCUUUCAAAUCACCAUCAAUAGGAUUCAUGAACAAGAUUUUUCAUCCCAACAUUGACGAAGCGUCAGGGACAGUGUGCUUAGAUGUCAUCAACCAGACAUGGACAGCCCUUUAUGAUUUGACCAACAUCUUUGAGUCGUUCCUGCCCCAGUUGCUGGCUUACCCGAACCCCAUCGACCCCCUGAAUGGAGAUGCAGCUGCCAUGUACCUUCACCGGCCCGAGGAGUACAAGCAGAAAAUCAAAGAGUACAUCCAGAAAUAUGCAACAGAGGAGGCUCUGAAGGAGCAGGAAGACGGGGCAGGCGACUCUUCAUCCGAAAGCUCCAUGUCUGAUUUCUCAGAAGACGAGGCCCAGGACAUGGAGUUGUAGUGAUAGGAGGGCUCCCCCAUCCCGCCUCCUCCUUUAACCCCCACAGAGACUAUAUUUGAUUUCCUAACCAUGAGAAAGCAGACUUAUACUAUUCAUAUUUAAACAAGUUGUUUUUUUUAUUAUUAUUAUUAUUAUUAUUAUCAUUACUAUUACUACUAAACAAGGAUUUUUAUGGAUAUCUAGCCUUCGGUGUGUUUGACAGACACCCCUCCCGUUCUGUAGCUGUUUCUCCUUCACAGAUGUCGCGAUUGCUUUCACACGCGCCUGUUAUCUCCACGUUUUUAAGGUGCUUCAUGUAGGCGUAGGCAGGAAGUCUCCCCGUGAACAUCUCAUUUCUUUACUCAAAAUUUCACUUUUUAAUACAUAAAAAAUAUAUAUGUUUGACCUGAAACCUAAUUUCCUUUCUUUUUUAGUUGCUCCGCCACAGAGCUGCUUAGGUCUUGCUUGCCUAUGGUGUACAGCUCUACAAUAUUAUCCCGUAGUCGAGACGGUGUUUCUGAGGCACAAUCCCACCCAAGGUGUCACAGCACACCUUAUAUAAAAGUACAAGAAGUGUAGUGCCAAAAUAAGCUCAUAAAUCAACCCUGAAUGCUUCCUCAGCAUAUCUUUUUCAACAUUCAGUUGCAUGUUACUUUACCUUUGUGUUGCUCUUUGUUGACCUGCUGCUGCCUGUCUACAUGUGCCACCGUGCAGAGCAAAAUAAAUGCUUAACGAGGUCUUUGGGGGGGAUAAUGAAUCAGAUCCAUAUCUUGUCAGAGGGACAAAGACACGUUGGGUGCUUACGGUGUUGAUCGUACACACUAGCUGCAUAAACUGCAUGGCUGAUUCAUGCACAAAGGCAAUGAAGACAUAAGUGGCAUUUGUGGAGAUUCUGGUCGUACUCACUUGGUGUGAGGGGACCUCGCAAACGGACCAGAGCUACCCUUUAAAACGUCGAACCAUAUGAAUUUAAUUUUUCAUGCAAAUUUCUGUCAUGAAAGUCAAAACACAUGCUCACUGUGCAGGAUGCCCACUGGCUUUCAAAUCACCUGUCCUGCUUUUAAAACGCAUUUCUAUUAGUGUUGUUGGUCACGAACAACUUUGUCAGGUCGAGAAAGAAUGUAUUUAUCACCUCUUCUGGUGAAUUUAGAAAAACCAGCACCAAAGUCAGUUUUUUUUAAUUUGAGUGAAAAGCAGCAAAAGUGGAAAGAUUCCAGUUUGUGUAGUAUCGGUCCGCCUCACAUUCCACUGUUACCUUGAGUUUUGCUCAAAUGCAUGCCCGUCAUACAGGUCCCACCUGUGGUAUAUACCCCGACUGCAUCAACUCCAUUCCCUCUUUAUGUCUGCCUACCAGGAGCCCAAUGUAUGACAUUCAGGCUUACAGCAAUUUUCGUUGAGGGGAUUCAUUUAAUAUGUAUAGAUUUGAACUCCUUAGCUGAAAAAAAAAAAAAAAUGGUGUUAUUCAUUGUUGAUUCAAUGCGGCAGGUUAAGAUGCAAAUCCAUGAUGCGUGGAAAGAAAUUGCAAUCGCAGCUUUGACCUUUGCCUGUUUUUUCCGUCUUUUAUUUCCUGUAUUUAAAAAGAAAAAAAUAAUAAUUUUGCCCAAUGGGGGGGUGGUCAAUGCGUUUAUGUACAGCAUCUACCUUGUACAGUGAUAAGAGACCUCCCUGUAGCCUCAUGAAAAUUCAGUGUUGAACCCAAAACACUGAGCAGGUGUUGCUUGUCGAGGCUAACGUUGCAGUCGAACUACCUAGAAAACCCUGAAAUGUAUUCGCUUCAUAGAUCGCAGUAAGAAUGACCGGUUUGCUUCGUGGCAGAUUGUGCAUCCUGAGUGCGAGAGUCGAAGCUGAAUCGGGCACAAAAGGUCACCUUAUCACUUCUGAUCUCAACUCUUCUGUGCCUCAUCACAAAAGGAAGGGCGACCAUUGAAGAACUCUCCCAGAACCAUGUUUCCAAACAGUCAUGAAGUUCAAAAGUCACGAGAAAAGCACAUGGUUUUUACACAUCUUUCACUCUCCUCUGUCCGUAAAGUGACACUGUGCAAAUUGUGAUUCGACGUCUACAUUGCCACACUCUUGCAGAGAAGGGGAGUUACCCAGGGCUGAGUCGCAUUUGGGUUCAUUUGAGCUAAUGUUAGACUUUUCUGGCUCAGGUUCCAAAUACGGUUUGGUUGUAUCUUGCAUUGUGAUUAACAUUUUCACCCAGGACGCAUUGAAAGGAUGGAAAUCAUAAUAAUAUUUGUUGAACUGUUUUUUUACAGGAUAUAGUUAGUUUCACUGGGUGUUUACUUCAACUAAACAUGCGCUUUCUGGCUGUGUUACAGAUUAGAGUUAGCUAGUGAGGUAAACUAUAGAUAAAGCAAUCAUCUGGUUUUUAGUGAGUGUCUGUUGUGUGGUAAAAUGUGAGAUACUCCAUAGACAUGCCUGUUGUACAGAAGAGCGCGAGUGAUUUCAAACUCUGGUUAUGUUCAACCUGUAGUGAGCCUGAUGGAUCCAACUGUACAGAAGUGGUUCGGCCCUUUUCAAGAGAUUGGAUUUUCUCCCAAAAACAUGAUUUACAACACACUGAUAUGCUCAUAAUUGUCACAUUUCUAUGCCGAUUUUAGAACAGACACACUUCCUGACUUUGUUUUUAAUUUCCAAUAUUUAUCUGAAGACUUUGGCUGUUAAAAGUUACAUGUAAUAAGUUCUCUCAUCCUGUCUGAGGUUUUGGUUGUUAGCUUCAGGGUUAGCUUCCGGCAGGAUGCAGCCGUUUUUUAACUGUCGCACAGCUAACUUGUGAUAUUCGACAUGUUGAAGGCAGUAUAAGGCUAUGUGAAUGUCUUCAUGUGUUCAGAGUGUUUGUGGUGAAGUUUGGCAUCCACAUCCACUUCAACAGAACAAACCUGCAAACUGUGUGCAGAACCCCACUCUCUCUCAAUUGGCUUGUGUUUUCUCCCUAAGCUGCCUAUACAUGUUUGUAUUCACUAUAGAGACCUCCUUUAUAGCUUUUAAUCUUGGGUCAUCAAGCGCCACCGAGUUAUGGGUCAGCUAGAUUAUCACACUGAUGAUAUCCUUGAGUAAAGAUUGAAUGCUUGUUUUACUUUACAUUUGGGCAGUAUCGUAUGCGAGUGCCGAAAAUAUGGUCUAUCCGAGUUGAGAAUUGUAAUAAAGUAGCACAUUAUGAGGCAACGGUGCAACAGGGAACUGAUAUUUUUGUCUUUUUCAAAAAGACUUUUGUGUUCGGGUAAAAUCAUAGGUUUGGUUUUAGUUUUCAGCAAUAAAUUGACGAUGUACUCAAACUGGCCUGGUAUGGCUCUGGUCAACAUGACAACCCUCUGAUCGUUUCAGCGGCCUCCCUCAUUUUCUUCCACAAUUCCAAGGUCAAGGGACAUAAUUACUGCCUUUGUGAUUCAGGUCACCAACUAAAGAAAAUGUCCUCAAACCAGUGAAUGAUUGUUUCCCAUUACAACUGAAACUAAUUUGGAGAAACAUGUUUAAAGUGCUUUUUUUAAAUUUCAUUUCCUUUUGGCUUUCUCCCCUCGUCUGCUCUAAGACCACAGGUGUACAGC